AUGGGCGACGGCCGGCGAUAUACACCAACGCUCAACAACUCGCGGCCAUAUCAUGACCUGUCCUCCGACGUCGAGUCAAGCGGGAGCACACAGCAACAGCUCCCCCCUCUUCGUCGGCGCUCACCGGACCAACAGCAAGCCUUACCUGCGGGACGAUUCUUGGCUUAUGGACGGCCUGACCUUACGGCAGAUCCUCGCAUGCCAUUAUCUCCGGCGUCAUACGGCACGGAAGACUAUUGUGGUGGCAGCACACAAUACGACUACGAGCGGCCCAUUGAAGGUGGACGAGCAUCGAAUAUCAUGAGCAACAGCCGGCUUCCCGUCCUACACGCAGCUGCCCACCACAUGCAACCCCUGCAUCAUCGUUCGGUCAGUCAGAGCUCUCUGGGUGACAACGGGAUGCAGUCAGAAUCGGAGAUGAGCUACAUGCACUAUGCGGUACGCUCUUUUGUCUGA